AGUACGGUUUCUUUACCUACGCAUGCUCAGUGUAGUUCUGUCUUCAAAAGAUGUACUCUAAAUGCUAUUCCUCAUACAAAAGAUUUGUUGCAAAGGUCUAGACUACCCCUGUCACUUAUUUUAGAACCUUACCCAAAUCUUCAAUCCAAUGAUAUCAAUAUACCCUUGAUAAAUAACUCUUCCGUAAUUCGGUGUACGAAGUGUCGGUCUUACAUAAAUCCUUUCAUACAAUUUGCCGAAGGAGGCACAAAAUGGCAAUGCAACCUAUGUGAUACCAAAAAUCAGGUGCCACCUUUUUUUGACUGGGAUAGUAUCAAUCAGCGUCCAGUAGAUCGCUGGAGUCGAGUGGAACUUAACCACGGGUGUGUAGAUAUAGUUGCACCAUCUGAAUAUGCUCAAGAUCCUCUUCAACCUCCGGUUUAUGUGUUUAUUAUUGACGUUUCGGUACAGGCUGUUCAAGCAGGAAUACUCCCAGUUGUAGCAAAUUCUAUCUUAGAAGCAUUGGAUAGUAUUCCCAAUCCAGAAGGACGAGUUAAAGUCACUUUCUUAACCGUGGAUAGUGGAGUUGGGUUUUACAGCCUGUCAGGAAAACAACCGGAGCUUAUGGUUGUAAGCGAUCUAUCCGAGAUUUACCUACCAAGGACACCCGACGAUCUGGUUGUAAACUUGUUGGAAUGUAGGCCUAUUGUGGAGGACUUGUUGAAAAGGAUGUCAGAGAUGCAUGUGAAGCGAUGUACGAAUUUGAAUUGUCUUGGAGUAGCCAUAGAAGCUGCUAAGCAACUAUUGAUAUCAUCGGGUGGAAAAAUUGUAUGCUUUCAAGGAAGUUUACCCAGUGUUGGAGAAGGAGCAAUUCGAUCGGAAGACUUUAAAAAAGCUGUAUCAAGCGAGAUGCCUAUUAUGGCAUACCAAGAGGAUUUUUACAGAUCAAUUUCAUCCGAUUGCUGUAAAGCAAACAUUUCAGUUGAUAUGUUUGUUUUUGGAAGUAAUAGCGUUGACUUGGCAACUAUGAAUAUGCUUCCACGAUUCACAGGAGGACAUACCCAUUAUUUUCCUGGCUUUAAUGGAGCAAACGGAGCAGAAGCUAAUAAGCUUAGACAAGAAAUACUUUGCAUGCUAAACCAAGAUAUCGGGCUCGAGGGUGUGAUGAGAACAAGAUGCUCGAGUGGUAUUGCAUGCACAUCAUUUCACGGAAAUAUUACCCCACUGUCAUCGGAUGUGAUGCUUUUACCAAAUGUACCGCAAGGACAGUCUUUCUGCGUCGAGAUGUCAAUCGAGGCAGAAAUUUGUACUUCGACAUCAUUUUUUCAAACAGCUUUGAUUUACACCACCAGUUCAGGAGAAAGACGCAUUCGAGUAAUGACGCUUUGUUUGCCAGUAACAAAAAGUUUAUCUGAGCUAUAUGCGCGUGCAGAUCAAGUAGCAAUUGCAAAGUCUCUUUGUCUUCAAUCAAUCGAGAAAGCUGUUACUCAAAAACGGCGUCAUGGCAGGGACCAUUUGGUUAAAGAGACCGCAGAGAUUUGUAAAGCCUACAACAAAGAGAUGACAGGUGCUAAACAAAACGGCGAGAAUAAUAUUUCUAUCUGCCAUAAUCUGAGCUUAUUGCCGCUUUUGAUAUUUGGAAUACUAAAGAGUGAAACCUUCAAUGAGGUGAAUAUAGUUCCGUGGAAUAUAUGCACACAAACAACACUCUUGCUCAGAACCCUUCCUCUACAAGAAUGGGCUCGUAUCGUACACCCUAAUUUAUACUCACUUCACAACCUUCCGCCACUCAUGGUAUCUAAGGAUGGGAUCCAGAAUCAUACAAUGCCACUCCCAAUGAAUUUAUCUUUGGAAAAGUUUGACAGCCAUGGGUGCUAUCUUUUAGAAAACGGACAACGUAUUAUGAUAUGGAUUGGGAGAAAUGCUGUGCCUCAGCUAUGCAAAGAUCUUUUAAACGUUUCUGAUAUACAUCAAAUCAACACAGGACAGGUUGAUUGCCUACCCAAAAUUGACAACCCAUUGUCACAACGAGUCAAUUCAAUCAUUGAGCAUAUACGAUCAAGAAAAAAUUCUCAUACAUACUACCCAUCUAUUUACAUAAUCAGAGAAGAUGCCGAAUCUCCAUUGCGCUCUUUAUUUUUAUCGCAUCUUGUGGAAAGCACAGGCUCAUCACAUGCCACAGAAAAGAAGAACAUCAUAUCCAACUUAAACUAUCUUAGUUGGCUUCACCAUAUUUCCAACAGUAGCUAUUAA